AUGGGUGUCAUCAACCUCACUCGUGGUCGUAACGACCGCACAAUAGUUGAAGAUCUGCGCCCAGCAGAAGAGACUGAGACGAAGAACGAUGUCAAUGUGGAGCAGAACAGAUUAGGCAGUGUCAUCAGUAACCAAGGUCGUUCCGAGAAGGAGAUCAAGGAACACCCUGACGGGGUAAGCGCCAAUGCUGCCCCGGGUGUGCGCAAGGCUGAAGCUGUUGCUCUAGUUUGGGGCAAGAAGACUGUCUACGCCACAUAUGCCUGGAUUUGGAUUUGUUUCUUUAUGCUAGCAUUGCAUUCCUCUAUUGGCUCCAAUGUGCUUUACUACGCCUACUCUAACUUCCAAGAUGCUUCCCAAGUCAGCACGGCGUCUAUCUUGGCAAGUAUCAUCGGUGGAGUCCUCAAACUCCCCAUUGGAAAGAUCCUCACUUUGUGGGGACGUGCCGAAGGCCUUGUAAUUUUCACGGCGGUCUAUAUCCUUGGUAUCAUCAUUCUUGCUGCUUGCGACGGUCCCAACAGCUACGCUGCUGGUUAUGUCCUCUACUGGGUUGGAUAUGAUGCUAUUUAUAUCAUUUUGGAUAUCUUCAUCGCCGAUACUUCCGGCAUGCGCAACCGUGCAUUUGCAUUUGCAUUUGCCUCGACCCCCUUCAUCUGUACUUCCUUCACCGGUCCAUUGGCUGCUACCAACUUCCUCAAGACCUCCGGUUGGCGUUGGGCUUAUGGCUCAUUUGCUAUAAUUAUGCCAUUUGUUUUCUUGCCUCUGGCUGCUGUUUUCAAGUACUACGAGAAGAAGGCACGCAGAAUGGGCGUCUUGCAGCGCCGGGUCAGUGGAAGGACUACGGUACAGUCCAUUGUUCACUAUCUGCACGAGUUUGACAUCGUUGGAGCUCUCCUUUUGAUGGCAGCUUUCAUCUUGUUCCUACUUCCGUUCAGCUUGUUCAACUAUGGUCGGACUCAGUACAGCGAGCCUGCCUUCAUUGCUCCCUUGGUGAUUGGUUUCAUCCUCUUCUUCGUGUUCGCUGCCUGGGAGAAGUGGUUUGCUCGCACCCACUUUAUCCCCUACAAGCUAUUCAGGGAUCGCACCGUCUUCGGCGCUUGUGCUCUUUCCGCCAUCCUGUAUUUCAGUUUCUACUCAUGGGACCUAUACUAUUACUACUUUGUGAUGGUCGUAUACAACCUGGAUGUGACAAAGACCGGCUAUAUGACCGCAAUCUACACCGUCGGCUCAUGCUUCUGGUCUCCUAUUUUCGGGAUUUGGAUUCGCUACGUGAAAGAAUUCAAAAACACCUGCUUGUUCUUCGCUCUUCCCUUGAUGGCCUUGGGUGCCGGUCUGAUGAUCCAUUUCCGCGGCUCAGACGGUGAUAUCGGAUAUGUUAUCAUGUGUCAGAUCUUCAUCGCUUUCGCUGGUGGUAUGAUGGUCAUUGGAGAGCAAAUGGCUGUCAUGUGCGCCUCUGACCGUGAGGGUAUCCCCAUGAUGAUCUCACUAAUCUCUCUGUUCUCGAGCUUGGGUGGUGCCAUUGGAUACGCUGUUUCCGCUGCUAUCUAUGCCAACACUUUCCCCCAGGGAUUGCGCGAUGCCUUGCCCGCCAGCUCCAAGGAUCAAUGGGCAGCCAUCUAUGCCGGCGGCUAUCUUGCUCAAAUGAAAUAUCUACCGGGCACUGAGACUCGUGACGCCAUCAACUUCGCCUAUGGAUACAGUCAAAAGUACGGCUGUAUUGCUGCUACUGCUGUCCUUGUGCUUGCCGUUCCCUGUAUUGCCAUGUGGAAAAAUUACAAGGUUGAUCAAGAGCAGAACAAGGGUACUGUGCUCUAG